AUGCAGAGCGUAGUGCUUGUUGCUUUGGCCGCUGCGAUAGGUAAUAUGUUGCAGGGCUGGGACAAUGCCACCAUUGCAGGAGCUGUGAUUUAUAUCAAGAAAGAGUUUCAUUUGGAGAAAGAACCAAAGAUAGAAGGGCUUAUUGUAGCAAUGUCUCUCAUCGGAGCCACUUUGAUCACAACUUUCUCUGGUCCAGUCUCUGACAGAGUAGGAAGGCGUUCGAUGCUUGUACUCUCUUCUCUUCUCUAUUUCCUCAGUAGCAUCGUCAUGUUUUGGUCUCCCAAUGUAUACGUUCUCCUUUUCGCAAGGCUUCUUGAUGGGUUUGGGAUCGGUCUAGCUGUCACUCUCGUCCCAAUCUACAUCUCUGAGACCGCACCUUCUGAAAUCAGAGGAUUACUCAACACUUUCCCUCAGUUCUGUGGAUCCGGUGGGAUGUUUCUAUCUUAUUGUCUUGUGUUUGCAAUGUCUCUUCAAGAAUCUCCGAGCUGGAGGCUAAUGCUCGGGGUUUUGUCCAUCCCUUCCAUUAUCUACUUUGUACUCGCGGCUUUCUUCUUGCCUGAAUCUCCAAGGUGGCUUGUCAGCAAAGGCCGCAUGGAUGAAGCUAGGCAGGUUCUACAGAGACUCCGUGGAAGAGAAGAUGUUUCAGGCGAGCUUGCUCUACUAGUUGAAGGGCUUGGGGUGGGAAAAGACACGUCAAUUGAAGAAUAUGUGAUUGGACCUGACAAUGAAGAAAGCGAGAACGGACAUGAACUACCGAGGAAAGAUCAGAUAAAACUAUACGGUCCAGAGGAUGGACAGUCAUGGAUGGCUAAGCCAGUGAAAGGACAGAGUUCUCUGGCAUUAGCGUCUCGACAUGGAAGCAUGUUACAGCGUGGAGGAUCCCUCGUUGAUCCAGUUGUCACUCUCUUUGGUAGCAUUCAUGAGAAACUUCCUUCAGAGAACAUGAACGUAUCAUCACGUAGCAUGAUCUUCCCCAAUAUGGGAAGUAUAUUGGGAAUGAUGGGAAGGCAAGAUUCUCAGUGGGAUCCAGAGAGGAACAAUGAAGACAGCUCUGACCAAGAUGAAAGCUUGAACAGUCCUCUUCUUUCUCCGCAGACCACUGAGCCAGAUGAAUGCAACCAGCGGACCGUAGGGACCAUGCACAGGCGACAAAGCAGCCUGUUUAUGGCAAACGUGGGGGAGACGGCAACAGCUACAAGCAUAGGUGGUGGAUGGCAGUUGGCUUGGAAGUAUAACGACAAGGUUGGUGCAGAUGGUAAAAAGGUCAAUGGAGGAUUGCAGAGAAUGUAUAUUCACGAGGAGAACGCCCACAACAAAAACAAUAACAACAUUGGUAUUUCAAGACGUGGAUCGCUUCUCUCCUUCAACACAGAAGCUGAUGUUCAUGAUCAGGAGAAUGGUUAUAUUCAGGCUGCUGCAUUGGUGAGCCAAGCUUCGAUGAUCCCUGGAGUUAAAGGAGAGACUGCAAUGUUUCCAAAGGAGGUUAAGGCUGCAGGUCCAGGCUGGAGAGAGCUGUGGGAACCAGGUGUGAAGAGAGCGUUGAUGGUUGGCGUUGGGCUUCAGAUACUGCAACAGUUUGCAGGAAUAAAUGGAGUGAUGUAUUAUACACCUCAAAUAUUGGAAGAAACAGGAGUGUCUGGUCUUUUGAAAAACCUUGGAAUAAGCGCAGAGUCUUCAUCGCUUCUCAUAAGCGCUUUAACCACAUUCUUGAUGCUUCCUUGCAUUAUUGUUUCCAUGAGGUUAAUUGAUGUAACUGGAAGAAGGUCUCUGAUGCUUUCCACGAUCCCCAUUCUAAUACUAUCACUACUAACGCUGGUGAUAGGAAGCUUGGUGAAGCUUGGAGGCACAACAAACGCAUUGAUGUCUACAAUUAGCGUUAUGGUGUAUCUAAGCUGUUUUGUAAUGGGUUUUGGAGCAAUCCCAAACAUUCUCUGCUCAGAGAUUUUCCCUACAUCUGUGCGUGGUCUCUGCAUCACCAUCUGUGCUCUCACUUUCUGGAUCUGUGACAUAAUCGUCACUUACACUCUCCCCGUCAUGCUGAAAUCCCUUGGCCUUGCGGGAGUCUUUGGCAUUUAUGCAUUUGUUUGUGCUGUUGCGUGGGUUUUCGUGUACCUUAAGGUACCAGAGACAAAGGGAAUGCCUCUUGAAGUUAUCUCUGAGUUCUUCUCUGUCGGUGCAAAACAGCAAGACCUUGCAGCUUCAUUUCUCUCUGAUGGCUGA